AUGGAGGAAGUGAAUAAGGCAUCUGGCAGUAAAGGGUGCUAUUCUCAUUGGUUGACAUGCUGGUGGCCAAAGGACGAUAUUUCUGAUAAACCCAUCGACGAUUACUUGAGGGCGCCAAACCCUUUUCCUCAUUUCCUGCACUUCUGCUAUCCUAUCUUUCUCGUUCUUGUUCACAGAGAAAAAUGUCGACUGCUCACUCUGUUUCCUCGACUCUCUACUUCAUCACCACACAAAACCCUCUCAAAACCCAAGAAUUUGCAUUUCAGACAAAGAGUGUUCUUUACAACAAAUUCCAUCCUAAUUUUUGUUCGAGUAAGAAAUCAACGUCGUCCACUAAAUCUCAAUUUCUUAACAAACUUCAAAGCAUCUCCUGCAAAAGUCUGUCAACAGCCUCACACUAAAAAUUGUGUGUUUUCCGAUGGUGGUGCUGAGGUAGAAUUGAGGCUACAACUCGGUGAAAAGGAAGAAAUUCCAAAUUCUAAAGAUAUUUUUGUGGAUGCAAAUGAAGAUUCAAUUACAAUUAGAGUGAAAUCUUUUGGGUCUAUUAUCACCCUAAUUGAAACUACUAAUUUGUAUGGAAAGAUAAAGCCUGCGGAAACUAUAUGGUAUAUCGACGAGGACCAACUAGUUGUUAACUUGAAAAAGUAUGACCCAGACAUGAAAUGGCCUGAUUUCAUGGAAUCGUGGGAUUCGCUUACAGAAGGAAUUGUACCAAUGCUGAAGGGAACUUCAAUCUACUUAGUUGGGGAAUCUGCCGAAAUCAAUCAGAAAGUUGCUAAAGAACUUGCUUCUGGUAUUGGGUAUACGCCACUAAGUACGAGGGACUUGCUGGAAUCUUUUGCUAAGCAGACUAUUGAAUCAUGGGUGAUGUCAGAGGGCAUGGAGUCUGUAGUAGAAGCAGAAAGUUCUGUUCUGGAAAGUCUCAGCAGUCAUGUUCGAGCUGUUGUCGCAACAUUAGGAGGACAAUGUGGAGCUGCAAGGGGAACGGAUAAGUGGAGACAUCUUUAUUCAGGAUUCACCAUAUGGUUGUCUCAAUCUGAAGCAGCUGAUGAAGAUUCAGCCAAGAAAGAGGUUCAGAGGGAUAUCAAAGACGGGAGCACGGACUAUGCAAACGCAGAAGUGGUAGUCAAGAUUGCAGUGUGGGAACCUAACCAUGCUCAAGCUGUAGCUCAGGCUUGUCUGAGUGCCCUAAAAAGGUUAAUCCUAUCAGACAAGAAGCUUUCAGGAAAGAAGAGUCUCUACAUCAAGUUGGGAUGCCGCGGUGAUUGGCCAAACAUCAAGCCUCCUGGAUGGGACCCAUCAGCCAAAUCAGGUGAACCUACUAUCAUGUAGAGCACCGGAGUACUGAACAGCACAGCAGCAGUUUCACAUGUAGAGCACCGGAUUACUGAACAGCAGCAGUACCAGCACCAAUUUCUCAAGCAUUUUCUCCUCAGAUUUUGUGCUGCUUCUGGCUUAUCCCAGUUCGCUUAUCUGGCUUAUGGCUUAUACCAGUUUCACUAUAGUCACAUUUUUGGCGUUUAUGUAGUCACAUUUUUGUUGCCAUUAGAUACACUUCUCUUGGCGCUCACCUUGCAGUUUGGGCGUUUAGGCUUCUCUUCAGCUCUCAUUUCCUCUACCUUCCAUGCAUUGUCAGUAUGUCAGAUUAAUCUCACCCUGG